AUGUCUGCUUGCAACACUUUCACUGAACACGUCUGGAAACCUGGUGAAUGUAAGAACUGCUUCAAGCCCAAAAGCUUGCAUCAGUUGCCCCCAGAAUCUGAGAAAAAAAACCUCUCGCAUGGCAAUCUGAAACCAAAUGCAAACCAAAGUAGCAGCCAUCGUGGGAGAAAUACGGGAAAUUUCCGACCACCUGUGGCAAAGAAACCCACUAUAGCUGUGAAACCCACCAUGAUGGUAGUAGAUGGGCAGGGGAUAUGUGGCGAGAUCAGCACGCCGGAUCAUUGUGAGAAUAAACCGGUGCCUGCAGGAUGGAACCGAAACAAGGCUGUCUUGAACAAAAAACCACUGAACAACAAUAACGAAGAUGAAAUCGAAGGUUAUAACCAUAUUCAUAGGCCUUAUGGCAACAGCGACGGUGUAGGUAAGGUACCAAGUAACAAUAAUAAUGGACUGACAGAAGUUUUGAAGGAGAUCGCGGGUUUGGAUACCACACCUCAGCUAACUGGAAAUGAAAUGAACUCAAGGGAAACCUUCUUGGGAAGAAUAAACAAUUGUUAUAAGAGAUCGUUAGAAAGAAAGAUCCCUCCAAGCUGCAUGAUGGGUGGAAUGAAGGAUUCACACAGUAAGCAUGUUAUUCUGAGUGGAAGCACUGAAGUAAUAAGUAAUGAAGGUGGACGUUUCUGUUAUCCAGAGUUCUCUAGUGGAGAUGAGAGUGAGGAUGACACGUUUUUUGGCAGCAUGCAAGAAGAGCACGAGAGCUGGGAUGAAAGCGAUGAAGAGUUGCUAGCAAUGGAAAUUCGUAUGAGGGGCCAACCUCGCUUUGCUAAUUUUAGAGCUAACACCCUAUCUCCUGUUCAGUUCUGUGUUGACAAAAAAUGGAAUACUGUGCCCCUUAGAAACAAGUCUCUGCAGCGGAUCUGUGCGGUAGAUUAUGACGACAGUUACGAUGAAAUUUUAAAUGGUUAUGGAGAAGAGGCUAUGCUUCUUUAUGGGCAAGAGAGCAUGCAGAGCAUGGUAUCUUCUGAUUCUACAUCUCCUGAUUCUUCUUUGACAGAAGAGUCUCGUUCUGGAACAGCCAGCAGCUCUUCCCAGAAGGUCUGUAAUGGGGGGUUAUCUCCUAGCACUCCUCAGGACCUCAAGUUAAUUGAACCAGAAUAUGAAAGUCUUUGCGAUAGUCAACAAGUGAAGGAUGUGUCAAAAGCUCCCAGAAAUGUUCCAAAAAGCCCAGAAACUCACAAGGCAGUCCUUGCGCUUCGACUGGAAGAGAAGGAUGGCAAAAUUGCUGUGCAGACUGAUAAACAAGAGAGUAAAAGUUCUUCAGAUGUUGCUGGUCAAGCCGUAACUAUAAAUUUGGUGCCUGUGGAAGAGCAGGCAAAACCUUACAGGGUAGUGAAUAUGGAACAACCAGUUUGCAAGCCAUAUACCAUAGUAGAUGUAUCAGCUGCCAUGACCAAUGAACGUAAGGAGAAUCAGACUGAAACCUCAGAAACCAAAAAUACAUCAUCUAGCCCAAGCUCCCCAGUAACUCCAGGCAUAUCUAUUACAUCGUCUACAGCAUCGCCUGUACGAGUCAAUGCUAAUCUGAAAAAAUCUAGUGCAAUCAGAUAUCAAGAAGUGUGGACUUCUAGUACUAGUCCAAGACAGAAGAUACCUAAGGUGGAGUUAACUAACAGCUCAGGACCUUCUGUUCCUCCCAGGAAGACAAGCCACAAGUCAGCUCCUACUUCACCUACAGCUACGAACAUUUCUUCCAAAACUAUUCCGGUUAAGUCUCCCAAUUUAUCUGAGAUAAAGUUCAACAGCUACAAUAAUGCUGGCAUGCCCCCUUUUCCCAUUAUCAUUCACGAUGAGCCCACUUAUGCUAAGAGUUCCAAAAAUGCUAUUAAAGUUCCUAUUGUAAUCAAUCCAAAUGCAUAUGAUAACCUGGCCAUCUAUAAAAGUUUCCUAGGGACCAGCGGAGAGCUAUCCAUCAAAGACAAAACGACUAGUGUAAUAAGCCACACAUAUGAAGAAAUAGAAACAGAAAGCAAAAUGACUGAAGCCAUAGGAAGUAAACCCACUGACCUUUCCCAAGCGAAGGGGGUGACUAAUAGCUCGGAGUGCAGGCUGGGUUCUGUGGCUCAAAAGGUCCAAGAGUUUAAUAGCUGUCUCAGUAAGAGUCAGAUAUCACCGCAGAGAAGUCAUAGUUCUGACCACAGCUCCCCAUCAAGAGUUCAAAAGACAACACAGGAGCCUGCAGCAAAACCAGACAUAAUGCCAGAGGCUUCCGUUGGCAGCAGCGGUGGUAGAGAGAAUGCGAGCACGGUGCUUUCACAGAUUGUGGCUUCCAUCCAGCCUCCCCAGUCUCCUCCAGAAACACCUCAGUCUGGACCCAAGUCUUGUAGCGUAGAAGAACUGUAUUCCUUGCCCCCUGACGCAGAUGCUACUAAAAACACGCUGGUACGACCCAAGUCUCUGUUUACAUCGCAGUCUGAAAUAGAGUCACCCAAGACAGUGGAAAGCACUGCCAAUAAAGUGCAGAAAGAUUCCUUUUCACAGCCCGUUGCCGCUCACUCUCCAAAGCCAGUGAGAACCACCCCGAAUACCACAAGUCCCAAAACAGAGCAAGCCCCGCCAUUUCCUCCUCCACGGUCCACCUCUUCACCUUAUCACGCAAGUAACUUGUUGCAAAGGCAUUUCAGCAAUUGGAGCAAACCAAACAGUCCCACCAGGUCGACAGAGGCUGAGUCAAUCCUUCAUUCAGAAGGUCGGCGAGCUGCAGAUGCGAAACCCAAACGCUGGAUAUCGUUUAAGAGCUUCUUCCGACGCAGGAAAACCGACGAUGAGGAAGAGAAAGAGAAAGAAAGGGAGAAAGGAAGAUUGGUGGGCCUUGAUGGAACUGUUAUACAUAUGCUCCCCCCUCCUCCUGUUCAACGUCAUCACUGGUUCAGUGAGGCAAAGUCAGACUCCAGUGAGAAGCCGUCGAUUGUUUUCAUGUACAGAUGUGAACCGGCGCAAGCCGAAGCCCAGGCUGACCAUCAGAGCACGAGCGGGGAGUCUGAGGCCGCAGGCCCACUAGCAAAAGACAAAGGACAGACGCAGGAAAAGGCUCCAGAGAGCUCUGAACAGAAAGUGGCGAGCCAUUCGUCACCACCUCAGCUUGCCAGGAAAAUCCCCAG